GUUCAGUGAGAUUUGCUGAUAAGCUCUGCCCUACAUCUACAUCGGGUGUUUGCUCCUGUGGGGGGAGUAUUUGAGGCUGGCAGGCACAGUUUUCAUGUUAGAAUUGUUUGGAUGCAGGCCUGCACUUGGAGGCCAUGCAUCCACUGCCAUUUCACAGCUUUAUUUGUUGAAUGGAAACCAGGGAAUUGGCAUCACAUAUUCAAGAGCAAGAAAAAUGCCAUUAACAGCAGGGUGUAAUUUUUUUUUAUGGUCCCAAGCCUUCUUUUGUUUGCAAUUUUAGCUUAAUAUAUUCAUGAUACCUAGAAACAGGGGUAUGCAUUGAGAUGGGGGUUUGAAAUUGCUUUUGUGGUUGUUUCUGACUUAUAUAAAUGUAUAUAUUCUGUAAAGACCAAAAGUGACUGGAAAAGAGGAUUUGGAAGAGUUCAUUCAUCAAAAUGAUAUUUUUUUUGCAAUACAUUGGAAGGGGGAGGAAGAGAAAUUUCAAGCUCAUUCUCUCAGACUUUGGUUUUGUUCAGCUUUCUUGCUUUCACAAGAUGUCUUAUUUUUACCAAAAUUUCUAAUAAGCCACUGGAGUGAAGUAUGUGCUAACAAAAGUAAUGUUAAGUGUUUCAAUAAAAAUCUCUCCUGCUAGUUGAUCACAGAAGCAUAUAAACUCUGUGGUUAUUCCAUUGUUUCUCCUGAGAGAUUCCAGGACAUUUUUCAAGAGCAGAUCUACUUUUUUUUUAUACUAUUCAUUGAAAUAUAUGGAUUUCUUUAAAUAUUUUCAGGUCUGUGUUUUUAAUUUUUUAUUUGCAUAUAAAAUUUAUAAAGUUAGAUUAUGAUAAUGCUGUUCCCAGUGUUUCUGAAAAUACUUUUAAAGUCUGCCUUGCAUGAUCUGUCAACUCAAAUUAUUACAUUUGCAUCCUUUUUUCUAGAGCCUGUGCAAUUAAAACCACUUAAAUUGAGUUUUAUGAUAAAGUUCAAGGGAGAAGAUAAGCCACUUUGUUCAUGGCAGUUUUGAAAUCCUGCUUAAUACUUUUAUUUACACUCAAAGAUGUUCUAUUUGGAUUGAAAGGAAAGUGUGGGAAGAAAAUGCUAAAUCCCAGUGCAGAAGUCUUGUCAGAAUGCUUGAGAAACUUGAAAUGGUCUUGUUUAGUUAAAAAGGAAUUAGGAAUUUGCUUGGGGAAGGCGUGGGCUGGAGGAUGUACAAAACAGAAUCAGAAGGUCAGGGGAGAUGGGAGCAGGGCUGGGAUGUGACUGAGAGCUACAGGCAGUUCAGUGCACACCUGGACAAAGUUAUUUCCAGCAUGAGGAGAUUUGAAAACAUCCAGUUCAUGUCAGAUUCUUCAAAUUUGCACAUGUACAAACAUUAUUUGGUGGCAGUUGAAUAUUGUCUGUAGUUACUUGUUACCUUUUACAUAGCAGCAACAUAAGAAAGAAAUAAAUUUUUUGUAUUAAUCUAAACUGGAAGGUAGGAGGGGUGUUCCUCGAGGAUUUUGUGUUCAUACUUGAUGUGAAUUUUCUUUAUUAAAAAUGUUUUAUGAGAAGAUUUGGAGAAAUGUGGAAGAGAAUUCUCUGUUAAUCCCCAAAAGUGAAGGCUGUGCCAUUCUUCUGCAACGAGGUGAAUGCUUCUGCAGAAAAAAUUUGGAGAAGAAAAAUACCCAACCCAAUGAAAGGCCCAGGAUUUGUGCCAUUUUCCAUCAGUGCUGACGUGCCCUGUGCUGCAGCAGGAGCUGUCCCAUCAGCAGGGACAGCUUGGUGGCAGCAGGGCUAUCUGGACACUCCAGGGAACAAAGAUCUUGUGGGAGGCUUACAGAGAAAGGUGGGAACUUCAGCAGCACCAUGCACAUGCUAGUGGAGGGGAUUGCAAAGCAUGUUCUAGUCAAAAACUCAAAAUAUUUGUAUCAUGUCUAGAGAAAAAAAUUCCAACUCUACUACUUCACUUCAAGAUUACUCCUUCCCUUAGCACUCCCCCCACUUAUCUUUUGCCAAGAGCCCCUGUCAAUAUUUCUGUGCAUUUCUCUUGUUCCUGUCAGUAAUAAUGGUGAGCCUGAAACUCUUCUGCAGUGGCAACUUGCAGUACUUCAGUAAAUUGUGGCUUUUGCCAGAUAAAUCGAGUUGGUAACAUUUUUAUUGAUCUCCAAAACCCUUAUUUAUCUCUCUUUUAAAAAAAAAAAAAAAAAAAAAGAAAUAUACAUAUAUAUAUAUAUAUUCCAGCUUCCAUUCUUCUUUCCCUUCAAUCUGUAAAGAACAGCAUAUGAUGUGGUUUCUGUGUUGAUUUUCAAGAUAAUUUUUAGUCUGUCAAAGGCCUUCUGUCUCAACAACUUUGAAACAAAGAUUUUUUUGAAUAGACGAGAGUGCAGCUGCCAGAUGAACCAACACAAGGAGCUGGAAGGGGAGGAAGGAUCUUGCAGAUGGUUCUAAUAAAACUGGGCAAACAGCAAACAGGGGCGGGGGAGAGUGGGCUGAAAUGCAAAUUGCAAUCCCAGUGCAAGUUUUGGGGUUUGUUUGUGAGAGAAAGUUGCAUAAAGAGUCCUUUGAGGGUUUGGGACUGGGGGCAGUUUAUUGUUGCUCUCAAUUUUCCUUCUCCCUGUGUCCAUGCUGCUACCUGUGUGGUUGUGCCAAGAGCCCUCCUGGAAAGCCGCAUUCAGCUGCUCAUAGAGCCUUUGUGAAUGUGAAAUACCAAUAACAGUCUAGGUUUGCAGUAGUUGUUGAGAGAAGAAAUUGUGCUUUUUUGGAGCACCGAGCAGUAAAAAUGGAGCAGAGGCUUGUGUUGCUUCAUUGUUGCUGCCUGCUAUCCCACAGCCAAAAUUGAUUUUUGGCCAAGCCUUGAUAAUCCCUGUGCUUGAAGUUUGUGCUGCAUGAUUCAUUCAUAAGGAUGGUGGGUGACUAGUUGUAAUUUCUGUCCUUUCUGCUAAUUUUAUCCUCUUCUUAGAUGUUAUUGGGCCUGUUACAUUAGGCCAACAAUUAAUGAAUAAAAAUUGCAGUAGGAGAGAUGCAGCUGAGGGCUUGGAUAGCCUCUGAUGGCCUCAAAUUCCAUCACCGCUUCUUGACAUGAUAAUUUGGGGUUCUUUGGUGCUUCUUCAGGCCAGGAAAUCUUAUUCACACCUCAUUUCCAAAGCCAAAACAAUUAAGUCUUUAUUUUUUUUCUUCCUCUUACUAAUCUUUCCCAUCUUCAAUGAAAGGAAGAGUGUUUGAGAGCACACAGGCUUUCAGCUCACACGGCAGCCCUUGGGGAUGUGCCUUCAUCUCGCUGUGUCAAAAGCUUUUCAAAUCAGUAGUUGUGGAGUAGCAAAUCCUUCAAACGCAUGAGUAACAGAUACUUGUUUUAUUUAAGAGUCCUUAAGCAUGAGCAAGUCAUUAAGCACUUCCUUUCUCCCCAUGAAUCAGUUCUAUUUUAAACAGUCAUCAUGUAUUUAAUAUUUUUUAGAAGUAUCAGAAGUUUUGACUUUUAAACUUUUUGGAGUCUCUUGUGUACCUCCAUGAAUUUGUAUUAAAAACACAUCUGUCAAGGGCUGCACAUUCCCUGCACUGCUGCAUUCCCUUUUUUGUCUCCUUCAGGAGUGGAUAUAUUCUGUGUGCAGCACUUCUUUGUCAAGGAGACAGUUUGGAAGUGAUGAAGUUAUUACUCUGAAAGCAGAGCACAUCUCUCCAUUGCUGCUCAGUGGCUGGGUGAUGCCACCUCACAAUGUCACCACCUGAGUGGCCUCCCAGGAGCUCAGCAGCAGCCCCCAAAACGUCCCUCAUGCUGCCAGGGCUGGCAAUUCCUGCAGUGUGCUCUGUGCCAGGGGACAAAGCUGAAUGCACUGGGGGCUGUGGAAUUCCACUGGAGGGGAUCCCAUGGUCCAUUGGAAUGCUUUGGGUGUGGAUACUGACCCUGUGAUGCUGUCAUUGCUCUGCUGAGUCAGUCCAUUUGGACAGAAUCUCUUUCCCCUCUCCUUACUGUAUCAUGCAAAAAGGAUAACAAACAUAAAUAUUUAUAAUUAGUAUUUUUGCAGGGAUUUGUGUCCAAGAUACAACAUGCUGAGACAUUAAAUAGAACAAGUGUUGCCAGAAUCAUACCAGCUUGGCAAAUCUGACAGCCAGCUGAAGGCAGGGACGAGGUUUUGUGAUAAAAUCAGCCUGUGGACUGAAUUUUAGCAUCACCAGUUGUUCCCAGCUCGGGAAGAGUUCACUUGCAAUCAACAUGAAUAGGAAAAUCCUUUCCCAAAUGCUUCUUUUGUUUCCUUGUGGAUUUGUUCCUUGUUUUCCUCCUUACACAGUCAGUCAGAAUUCAGCUGAGGGGUUGGAAGCAGCCUUGCUGUUCCUGAUCUUGGGAGGAGGUGCCCCUUUACCCUCAGGCUGGGGAGCUGCUGAGAGCAGAGAUUGCAGGGAUGGUUUGUGAUUCACUGCUGGAGCAUCCCUGCCCUUUGUGCUCCAGGACAGCAGAGGGACCGAGUCACUGCAGCUCUUUCCAUCCCGAGCUUCUCCUGCCCCAGCCUCUGCAGAAAUCCAGGGGAGAAUGGAGAGGGGCUCAUCUGCAGCCUCAUUGUCUCCAUCUGUCUGAAUUGCCUCUUUGGAGCAGCACUAAAAGGAUUGCACAUCAUCUUCAUCAAUUAGCUUCAAAUGCUUUAAAUUAAUCUGUAGUGCCAAAGUGAAUAUGAAGUGGCUUGAGUCCUUUCUUUGUGAGUGGUAGAUUGUGGUUUUAAGUGCCUGUGCUGCUUGUGAGCACAAUGACAACUGUAUCUGUGAUCUCUGUGCCACCUGUUGCCUUAGCUACCAUUUAAUGUGCAAUGUGCUGAUGUUGGAGAUAAAAUGUUUUCUGUGGUACCUAUAAAACACCUCAGUGAUCCUGAUGAGCCACAGGAACACCAGAUUUAUAUCCAGCUGUGGCAGUGAUCCCUGCUAUCUCCAGCUGUGCCAGAGCUGUUGGAGUGCAGCUCCACAAGCCAAGGCAAAGGGCAAGGAGAGCCCUUUGUACUGCUGGGCAAAGUCUGCAGAAUUUUAGAACAGAAGUACAAACACCUGCAUGCAGCUAAAAUUUAAAAAUGUGUGUAACUGUUGAUUUCUUAUUGUAUAGACACAGUUCUGGCAAUGUUUCCUGGUCUGGUGUUCCCUAUAGAGAUGUGCCCAAAGGUGCUCACAAUUUCGGAACAAAAUUACAGGCUGGUGGGCACUAAAGGAGGAGAAAUCCAUCCCCCCUCCUCCCCUGGCCAGCUCCUUGAACUGCAGCAUCCUGCCUGAAUCCACAAAGUUCCCAGUCUCUUGUUCUUCUAGCCAGAAAGAAAUACAUUUUGGAAGGGGUUAAAAUUUUGCACAAACACAUCUCUCUGUGCAGAGACUUUAAAUAAUCUUUCAGUGCAGCCAUUCCAGGCCAUGAAGUGUUGGCUGAUUUUUCUUCAGGGCUAUAUUCUCUAUUUCAAAGAACUUGACAAUAUACAAAGAAAAAUUUUGCUGCUGUGUGAGAUUCUCAAAACUAGGAAGGAUUGUGGUGUUCCCUCAACAUCAGCUCAGUUCUCAUUCCUUUUCUUCUCCUGCAUCCUGUUUCUGGUUAAUCCCAUCUGCAAAAGCAAAUUGGUUGAUAACACUCAGAUUGGUUGGGUUAGGAGAAGAUUCAGUCUUCUCCAUCCAGAGUUAAGCUUUUGACUCAUCUCUAAUAUCUCUGUUUAGACAAUGAGCCACAAGUUGAAGGCUGAUUUAGUGGCUGUUCCCCUACCUGCCUUCAGUGGAGGGUACUCACCCUGUUCAUUAAGUCCAUUUUCAAGCAGCCAUUUGUGUUUUCUCUUAGGAUGGUUCUUAUUCAUCUCACUUGUAGCUACUCUUCCUUUCAAAUGUCCUAAAAAGUCCUUUUGUGAUGAUAAUGUUGUCAAGGUCCUGGUUGUGCUGCUUAGCCUGUGCCCUCAGCAGGCUGUGUUUGCUUUGCACAGAAGUUUAAGUGCUCUGCUCCUUGUUAUAUGUGGCUUCCUUAUACAAAUAAUUUGUGUUUGCUUUCUUUCUGCCAACUUUGUCACCCACAAACCUGUUCACACUUGAAGUCACAAGAAGCAGAAUAUUAGAGGUGGGAAAAAACCAACCCCACAAACAAAACCCCAGAAGAACUGGACAGUGCUGUCUUCCUGAAAACCUCCCAAGAGCUCUGCUCCUUUGCCCAGGAAAAGUCCUUCAUCCUCCCAGUAGGUUCUAGAGGCUGUUCCUCAGCCUGGGCCUCCAUCUCCUCCUCAUUGCAAAGCUGCAGCAUGGCUCUUGGGCAGGAGAAUUAAAGCAGCAGUGUGCUGCUGGGGCAUGGAAGAGAAAUGGGAACAUCAAGGACCAAAGUCUGGGUGCCAGCCAUGCAGGCAGAAUUCAAGUGUCUUUUUACACAGCUCCUGUUAUAUGUCAGAUGGCAGGAGGUCACUCAAGGAAUUAUUUACAAUAAAUCAGAUUUGAAAUUUGUUUAAAAUAAUCUUCUUGUCUGUCUUUCACAGAAAAUGUUGCUGCCCUGACCUGCUGUCAUGAGGAGAAGGGGAUGAAGCAAAUUUGUCCAGAGAAGUCAGAAAUUUUGAAAUUUUCAGCAGGAUUUGCCAGUGCCUGCAGGAGGUUUUGCCAAGCCAGCCAUUGACAUGAGAAUGGAUUCAAUGCCUCAGACUUAAGUGAGCUCGUUUGCUGUGCUUCAGCUUUGUUGUUUCCUGCCGUGUCCUGAUCCAAGAGUGAGCCUGGCUGGGCUGCAAGCUCUGCAUUCCCAGCAUGAUCACUGCCCAAGGAGGUGCCCGUACUACGUGAACAGAGCGGAAGCACAUGGAUGAGACUCCUACCAUGCACUGAGCAGCACGGCAGCAGGCGCAGAGCUCUGGGAAAAUGUCUGCUUGCAACACUUUCACUGAGCACGUCUGGAAACCCGGUGAAUGUAAGAACUGCUUCAAACCCAAGAGCUUGCACCAGUUACCCCCGGUGUCGGAGAAAAAGCCCCUCUCCCAUGGAAACCUGAAACCCAAUGCAAACCAAAGCAGCAGCCAGCGCGGGAGGAGCAGCGGCAGCUUCCGGCCGCCCGUGGCCAAGAAGCCCACGAUAGCCGUGAAACCCACCAUGAUGGUGGCAGACGGGCUGUGCGGGGAGCUCGCCGUGCUGGAGCAGUGCGAGAACAAAGCCCUGCCCGCGGGCUGGAACCGCAACAAGGCGGCCUUGAACAGAAAACCACUGAACAACAAUAACGAGGAGGAGAUCGAAGGUUACAGCCAUGGGCCCAGGCCUUAUGGCAACAGCGAGGGCGUGGGUAAGAUACCAAAUAACAAUAAUAACGGACUGACAGAAGUUUUGAAGGAGAUUGCGGGUUUGGACAGCACACCUCAGCUCACUGGAAAUGAAACGAACUCAAGAGAAACCUUCUUGGGAAGGAUAAAUAAUUGCUAUAAAAGAUCAUUAGAAAGGAAGAUCCCUCCGAGCUGCAUGGUGGGUGGAAUGAAGGAUUCACAGAGUAAGCAUGUUAUUCUGAGUGGAAGCACUGAAGUCAUAAGCAAUGAAGGUGGACGUUUCUGUUACCCAGAGUUCUCCAGCGGAGAUGAGAGUGAGGAUGACACGUUUUUUGGCAGCAUGCAGGAAGAGCACGAGAGCUGGGAUGAAAGUGAUGAAGAGUUGUUAGCAAUGGAAAUCCGCAUGAGGGGCCAACCUCGCUUUGCUAAUUUCAGAGCUAACACCCUGUCUCCUGUUCCGUUCUCUGUUGACAAAAAAUGGAAUACUGUGCCCCUUCGGAACAAGUCUCUGCAGCGGAUCUGUGCAGUGGAUUAUGACGACAGCUAUGAUGAAAUUUUAAAUGGUUAUGGGGAAGAGACUGUGAUUCUUUAUGGGCAAGAGAGCAUGCAGAGCAUGGUAUCUUCUGAUUCCACAUCUCCUGAUUCUUCUUUGACAGAAGAGUCUCGUUCUGGGACAGCCAGUAGUUCUUCCCAGAAGCUCUGUAAUGGAGGAUUAUCUCCUAGCACUCCUCAGGACCUCAAAGUGAUUGAACCAGAAUACGAAAGUCUUUGUGACAAUCAACAAGCGAAGGAUGUGCCAAAAGCACCCAGAAAUGCUCUGAAGGGUCUGGAAACUCACAAGGCAGUCCUUGCGCUUCGCCUGGAGGAGAAGGAUGGCAAAAUUGCUGUGCAGACCGACACACAAGAGAAUAAAAGUUCUUCGGAUGCUGCUGGUCAAGCUGUAACUAUUAAUUUGGUGCCUGUGGAGGAGCAAGCUAAACCUUACAGGGUGGUGAACAUGGAACAACCAGUGUGCAAGCCAUACACCGUAGUGGAUGUCUCAGCUGCCAUGACCAGUGAAUGUAAAGAGAAUCAGACUGAAACCUCAGAAACCAAAAAGGCAUCGUCUAGCCCGAGCUCACCAGUAACCCCAGGCACACCUGUCGCGUCCUCUGCCGCAUCCCCGGUGUGCGUGCACGCCAAGCUGAAAAAGUCCAGCGCAAUCAGAUACCAGGAAGUGUGGACUUCUAGCACUAGUCCGAGACAGAAGAUACCUAAGGUGGAACUGAUUGGAAACAGCUCAGGACCUUCCGUUCCUCCCAGGAAGACAAGCCACAAGUCAGCUCCUACUUCACCUACAGCUACAAACGUUUCUUCAAAAACGAUCCCAGUUAAGUCUCCUAAUUUGUCUGAGAUAAAAUUCAACAGUUACAACAAUGCUGGCAUGCCGCCUUUUCCUAUUAUCAUUCACGAUGAGCCCACUUAUGCUAAGAGUUCCAAAAAUGCUAUUAAAGUUCCUAUUGUAAUCAAUCCAAAUGCCUAUGAUAACCUGGCCAUCUAUAGAAGUUUUCUAGGGACCAGUGGGGAGCUGUCCAUCAAAGAUAAAACUACAAGUGUGAUAAGCCAUACCUAUGAAGAAAUAGAAACUGAAAGUAAAGAGUCUGAAGCCAUAGGCAGCAAACCCACUGAGUUGCCCCAAGCAAAGGGGGUGGCCAAUAGCUCUGAGUGCAGGCUGGGCUCUGUGGCUCAAAAGGUCCAAGAGUUCAACAGCUGCCUCAGUAAAAGCCAGAUAUCCCCACAGAGAAGUCACAGUGCUGACCACAGCUCCCCAUCCAGAGUUCAGAAGGCAACGCCGGAGCCUGUAGCCAGAGCAGAUGUGACCCCAGAUGGUUCCGUUGGCAGCAGUGGCGGCAGAGAGAACGCAAGCACGGUGCUCUCACAGAUUGUGGCUUCUAUCCAGCCUCCACAGUCUCCUCCAGAAACGCCUCAGUCUGCUCCCAAGUCCUGUAGUGUAGAAGAGCUGUAUUCCCUACCCCCUGAGGGAGAUGCUACUAAAAGCACCCUGGUACGGCCCAAAUCUCUGUUUACAUCACAGCCUGAAGUAGAGUCCUCCAAGACAGAAAACGCAGGCACUAAAAUGCAGAAAGAUCCCCUUUCACAGCCAGCUGCCACUCCCUCUCCAAAGCCAGCACGAGCCACCCCGAGUGCCACAAGUCCCCAGGCGGAGCAGGCGCCGCCGUUCCCCCCUCCACGCUCCACCUCCUCUCCCUACCAUGCCAGUAACUUGCUGCAAAGGCAUUUCAGCAACUGGGCCAAACCCAACAGCCCCACCAGGUCGACAGAGGCCGAGUCCAUCCUGCACUCGGAGGGGCGGCGGCCCGAUGCCAAGCCCAAACGCUGGAUAUCGUUCAAGAGCUUCUUCCGCCGCAGGAAAGCCGACGAUGAGGAGGAGAGAGAGAAGGACAGGGAGAAGGGGAAGCUGGUGGGUCUGGAUGGAACUGUUAUCCACAUGCUGCCCCCUCCUCCAGUGCAGCGGCACCACUGGUUCAGCGAGGCCAAGUCGGACUCGAGCGAGAAGCCGUCCAUCGUUUUCAUGUACAGGUGUGAGCCGGCACAAGCGGAGCCGAGGGCUGAGCUCCCUCACAAGGCUGGGCUGGAGGCUGCCAUCGCUGAGGCACUGGCGAAGGACAAGGCAGAAACGCAGGAAAAGCCUCCAGAGAGCUCGCAACAGAACACAGCCAGCCAUUCCUCACCACCUCAGGCUCCCAAGAAAAUCCCCAGCACACCAGAACACUGUGGAAUCAAUGGCUCGCCAGAGUUUCAAGACAUGAUUAAAAGACUCAAGAAGGCCCUGAAAGAAUUUCCUUUAAUGGGGAAUUGUGUGAGUGAGUACAGUGGUCAAGUGCCCGAUGACCCCGCCCUGGAGGAGCUGUCCCCUCGUGUCCCCAGAGCCGUGUUUGUGAAGCAGGACAAUGGGGGCAGCGCCUCCGUCAUCCCGGUCUCGUCUGCCCGCGGGCCUCCGGGGGAGGAGCAGAAAGAAGAAGCCCCAAAUUCUCCUGAUCUGAGUGCCUGCAGUGCUACCUACAGCAAUCUAGGGCAGUCCAGAGCAGCCAUGAUCCCUCCAAAACAGCCGAGGCAACCCAAGGGAGCUUUGGAUGAUGCCAUUGCCUUUGGAGGACUGGCGGAGCAGGAGACAGUGAACAAUUUGCAGCCAACACCACCUCCACUGCCAAAGAAAACAAUUUUGAGAGCUAACACAGAGCCAACUCCCCGCGAUCUGCAGAAGCAGGCUCUGGAGAGCAACCUGUGCAUCAUGGCCAAUCCCACCUAUGACAUUGAGACCAACUGGGAAGCGAGCAGCGCCUGCUCCUCGGUCAGCCUGGAGCUCAAGGUGCUGGACAACGAGUCGGGAGAUUCCUUGGACAGGCCGGCAGAGAAGCUGAGGGCCACCACGUCAGCCACGACCAGCGUCUGCAGCCUGAGCACGGCCAGCGCUAAGGAGCGCUGCUCCAGCAGCAUGGAGUCGCUGCCGGGGAGGCGCCUGUCGCAGGCCCGGCAGGCGCGGGGCGUGCAGAAGCCGCAGCGCCAGGCGCUCUACCGGGGCAUCGAGAACAGGGAGGAGGUGGUGGGCAAGAUCCGCAGCCUGCACGCCGACUCGCUGAGGAAGCUGGCGCUGAGGUGCGAGGACCUGUUCAUGGCCGGCCAGAAGGACCAGCUGCGCUUCGGCGUGGACAGCUGGUCGGAUUUCCGCCUCACCAGCGACAAGCCGUGCUGCGAGGCGGGCGACGCCGUCUACUACCCCGCCUCCUACGCCAAGGAUCCCCUCAACAACUACGCUGUCAAGAUCUGUAAGAGCAAGGCUAAGGAGUCCCAGCAGUAUUACCACAGCCUGUCUAUCCGGCAGAGCCUGGCUAUCAACUUUAACAUCCAGCAGGACUGCGGCCAUUUCCUCGCUGAGGUGCCGGUUCGCCUCCUUCCGUGGGAGGACGACGAGGCGGCGGAUGUGGAAGAGGAAGAGCGGGAGGAGGAGGAGCAGGAGCCCGAGCAGAAGGGCAGAGACGCGGCCUCCAGCCCCGAGGGCUCGCACAGGGGCAGCCCCGGCAGGCAGGGCACCCUGAGCAAGCCCCGCAGCCGCGUGGUGGUGAUCACACGCGAGGUCCCGCACCUGACCGUGGCCGACUUCGUGCGCGAGUCGGCGCCGCGCCACGCCAAGAGCCCCGACCUGUACGAGAGACAGGUGUGCCUGCUGCUCCUGCAGCUGUGCCUGGGCCUCGAGCACCUGAAGCCCUACCACAUCACCCACUGUGACCUGCGCCUGGAGAACCUGCUGCUGGUUCACUCCAGGCCGGGAGGCAGCACCCCGAGCCCCGAGGCCACGGAGCCCAGUCCCGGCACCGCCUGCCCGGCCAGACUGAUUGUGAGCAACUUCUCCCAGGCCAAGCAGAAGAGUCACAUGGUGGAUCCCGAGGUUCUGCGGGAUCAGUCCCGCCUGGCUCCAGAAAUCAUCACUGCGACGCAGUACAAGAAGUGUGAUGAGUUCCAGACUGGCAUCCUCAUCUAUGAAAUGCUGCACUUACCCAACCCCUUUGAUGAGAAUCCAGAGCUGAAGGAGAAGGAGUACACUUGUGCUGAUCUCCCCAAGAUUCCUUGCCGUUCCCUCUACUCUCAAGGGCUUCAACAACUUGCCAGCUGCCUGCUGAACCCCAACCCUUCGGAGAGGAUCUUGAUAUCAGAAGCCAAAGGAAUCCUUCAGUGUUUGCUUUGGGGUCCACGGGAGGACUUGUUCCAUGCCCUCAGUACAUCUUCCAACCCCUCACGGAGAGAUGCUAUACUUCAGAACUGGCUCGAUAUAAAAAGGACGCUGCUGAUGAUCAAGUUUGCAGAGAAGUCCUUGGAGAGGGACUGUGGAAUUAUUCUGGAAGACUGGCUUUGUUGUCAGUACCUGGCCUUUGCCACUACAGACUCACUUCAUCGCAUUGUGAGACUCAUGAAGCAGCACUAGUUGUAGAGCCUGUUGCUUUUUGUGAAGCAUCCGACCUCUGCCCCAGCCCUCCCUCCAGCCUGCACUAGGGCUCACACUUUGUACAAUGUUACAAAACAGCCUAGACAUCAAAGUCAGCAACUCUGAGCAAAUAGGUUCUAACUGGAGAAACUGCAUCCUGUAUCAAGUAUGACGGAAACUUCACUUUUUUGCCAGGCCUGCUAGGGAUUGAUCACACGCAUGACUGCAUUUGGAUCAGCCAGUAUGUAACUUGAUUCAUAUCUGGCUGAAAAGGAGAGCAAGCUUUGAUACCACUAUUCCUACCACUGUAGUAAACAAAUUGCCCUCCUCUUCUGGGUAGUUUCUGUCAUUCCCUACGUAGCAUUGAUUAGUGAACAGCAGUGACCAGAAGCAGAGACGGAUGAGUGGUGAAUGUGAGAUGAAUUAUCCACCAUGCCACAAAACACUCAUUUGCUUUCACUCCACAUACCACACAUUUCCUCUCAGUCAGUCACAAGCAGGCUGUGCUUCUUUUCUUCAGUCUCGACCAAACAGAUUCUCAUCUUUCUCUUACACUUUACUCCAUCUGUACUUUCCCCCCAGAUGUGGUUUUCCCACUGACCAUGGCAAGUGUCAGUGAGCACUAAGCACCUGUGUUCAUUCCUCUGCCCUCCUCCUCUGCCUCACUGCCUGCCCAUAUCCUUUCUAACCAUGAAUCCAGGAUUCAUCAAUGCUGCCUUAGUCAGACCAUUACACUUAGCUUGAGACCUGUGCAUUAAAAUGCAAAAUAUGCACAUUUUGUCUAUCCCAUUUCCUAGGCAACUUUCACCAGUCUGGACUCUUGAUGUACUGUAGCCAAAACCACAUUUAUACAAGAAAAGUACAACACAUGGUGGGCCAUUGAAAUUCCCCUUCCAUCGCAGAAAGCACUAAAGCCUGACUUGAAAUGGAUAGGACGUACAUAACCUCCUCUGACAAUCACUGCUAUGAAUCAGGGAUGAAAAUAAAAGCCACCUCUUCUGUUUUUUGGUCUGCUCUUGUCACUUAUGCCAUACUGCAAAGUGAGACUGAAAUUGGCUCUGCAGGUUUGUUGGCAGGAGAUAGAAAUGUUUAGUUUGUCUGUGCUUAGCAAACAGGCAACAUGGAGACACUUUUACUGCAGACACAGUUCUCUGAAGGGUAAAAACAAGGGGGCAAAAACACUGUUGUUUAAUUAUUGAGGGAGUUGUCAAGUUUGGCUGACAGCACCAACAGCAUCAUGAUCAACAUUUCCUGCAGCAGUGCUUGGCUGCCCAUCUCUUGUCUGUUGUAACCAGCAUUUUCUGAGGUUGCUAUAGACAACACCCUGAAAAUGGAAUGUUGUCAGAAGAGCUUGAAGAGCAUCACAGACAGAGUUUUGGACUAGAGCAGGAAUUAGCAAGGAGUGAAGAGUCAGAAUUUUUAAAACCUCAACUUGAAGGAGCUUUUUCACUUUUAGAGGCCACUGCUGACUUCCUUGUGUGCCGUAACAGCCGUUUCCCAUGGAACCUCUGCACAGCCAAUAUCUUUGCUCAGUAUUGCUAGGCUAGGAGUUGUUUCCUGAGUUGCUCUGAAGAACGGUUCUGGAUGCAGGGGGAAAAGCAAUCCCCAAUAUUCUGACCUGGGUGAUGGAAAGCCCUAGUAAUGAGCCUGUGCUUCUCUCCUAUGGAUCUAUGUGCAAUCCUUGUAUUAUUUUUUAAAGCUGUACAUUACAGUGUUCACUUUACACACCAGCCUUUACCCAAUGCUAGAUCUGCAGCCCUUUCUUUUACUUUCCUGGCACAUAAAUGUACAGAUAUCCAUGUGUUCUUUUUAUGGAUUGGUGUUCCAUUUUAAUUGUUAAAACUGUGAGGAAUCCAUUCACUUCAGCCUUGAAACAAAUAGCCACUUUAUAGAGCAUAUGCAUUCUUGGACCAGAUGAGCAAACUGAACAAACAGUCCUGCAGGCUUAAAGUCAGCAAAAGUCAGCUCUGGAUCCACGCCGUACAUCGAGGGGUUGCCAUGUCUGUGUUCUUCUCUGGCAUCUCCCAGAGCUCAGCUGAAUAGCGUGUGGAAGCCUACAUCGAUUGUGCCAUGGUAUAGACUGUCUUUAUGACCUUCCUAAAAAUUUUUUUUUUAAGUUCUGAUGAUUAUUCUUUUGUUUGAUUCACCUGUAUCAGUGAAGGAUCAGGCAAGGAUAAGGAUAAUAUAUUUUAAUGUGAUAUGUAUGUUUUUCUUUCUCUUUUUGGCGAAAAGGUGAGGAUGGCGGCAUUGAUGCAGAAAAACAGGACAGUGCAUUAAAAGCCCAAGUGCAAUGUAUGUAGUUGAAGUACUUCCUCUACAUCAGGAAAGAAAGUUUCUACACUACUACUGAGCAGCUCAUAGAAGAACCUUCACAAAGAAUCUCCUGUUCAGUGCAGCCCUGCUUUAUCUGGACACAGGAGGGCAAUGCUCCCAUAGCUGACAUACACCGAGCAUGCAAGUCACUCGUGUACUACCUGCUAGCUAUUAGUGACAGCGUGCUGAGCUGCCAGUGGGGCUCCUCGUUCUCUGUGGUCUGGUUUUGUGUUCGUUCUGUAGUGUGUGUGUGUGCACCUGACUUCUCAGCUAGCUCAGAUAGGCAUAGGACUAACCCUUGGACCACCUGGCAUUGCAGUGGGGGAUCCCUGGAAACCUCUGGGUGUUCCCUGUUUAGGGACACAUGUUCCCACUGUCACCUUGAUGUCAACACGCACAUGCAGAGUUGGAUUUGGAAUGUUGUACAACCGUACGCAUUAAUGCAGCUGGUCCAAUGCCUUUGUAUCUCUAGCUAUCUAAUUUCAGUUUGUAUCUUUUGUGAUGAACCAGUACUCAUUUUAGCUCUGCAGUAUAGUCAAGCAUGGAUAGAUGUUCACUACCAAUCUCUUUCUCGUGCAGCACUGGGUAAACUUUAGCAAUUUGUAAUGUUGUGUGGUUUUUUUCUUUAAAAAAGAAAGAAUGGUCAAUGUGGUCGAACCUGAUCUGGGCUGAGCUCUUCCUUGAGGAGCUCGAGGCCGACUUUGCAGAUCUGCCCAUAACUGAUGAUUGCAACUGUGUUUGUGGUGGUUCUCCAUGCUGGCACCAGAUUGUGCCACGUAACUACACAAGAAUGUAUGCAUUAAACUGAUUGUAAACAAAUCCUAAGAAUGCUACAGCAUAAUUGCUAAGCAAAAGGAAAAAAACCCGCUCUGUUUGUAACAGGAUCCUGUGUAUGGCAGGAACAAAACCCCUGGCUGUGCAUGUUAGAACGUACUUGAAUACGUGCACAGGUCUUGAAUUUUUUUUUUAGCAAUGUCGCACUUUCAGUGAGCUCAAGAAAUAGGAAGAGCUGCAAAUCUAAGAUAACAGUAUUGACUGUAAAUAUAUAUUUUUCUAUUAAUAAAAGCUGUCAUUCAAAUAUUUUUAACAUGAACUCUAAAGAUUUUUCCAGUGUAAACUAAUUUCUGGAGAAAUCAAAUGCUUGUUUGAAGAAUCAUGGUGAGUGGUUUCUGAUCCUUUUAGAGCCAUUUAAACCCUCUCUAAUAUUACAGAGAGAGCACAGUGAUUGGAUUCACAAAGUUUAGUGCCUUGUCAAAAACCUGAAAUGUAGCUGGUCAGUUGGUGGAAAUCUUAUUCUUUUCAUAACAGCCCUAGAAAUAAUACUGCCCAUGUAAAGAUGCAGAAGACUUUACAAAAUUAAAUGCUGUACUUUGUGUGAUGCUGGGUUGAUCUAUUCCAUAAAAUUUGUGUGAAUGGGUUCCUUUAAGUUGCUUGCAGUACAGCAUAAAGCUGAGGUAACAAUACUGUGGGCUUUCAAAUUUGGGAUCUGCACAGGCAGAAUAACAGUGGGUACCAAGUGAGUUGUUGCAGCCUGACCAGGCACCAGGAGAAGCCUCUUGCUCUGACAAUCUGCUGCAGAACUGCAUUGCUCUGGGAGCAGCAGGGAGGGUGGAAGGUGCUGCUCCUGCUGCAGGUGCUGCACACCACCCUGGGGCCAUGGUGAGAAAUGCAAACUGUUCAAACAGGAGUGCUGAAAGAAUGCUCCUGAGAUGCUAUGGAAAGUGGGUUUGGUUUGUAUUUCUUAAAUGGGAAUUAUUGCUAUUUAUCUGUCCAACCUCAGAUCUGAUCCGGUCAAAAUGCAUAAGGUGAACAUAAAGAGACUCUACUCGUAAAAGCUUGCCUACAAAUUUUGAGGAAUGAGGAAAUCCAGGAUUUUCUUCUGGAGCCCUUGGAAUGUCCAAAUAGAGGAGCCUGGUCUCACUUCACUAUUCAGACUGAUGAAAUCAGUAACUCCAGCCAGGAUACCAUGUUGCUGCCCCACAGAGAAGAGUGCAGGUAGCAUUUACAAAAAUUGUUCCACCUUAAAUCUUUAAUGCUCCACACAUCCCACCCACAAGGUAUGAAUGGAUCAUUUUGACAUGUUAACACAAGAAAAUUCCUACAUGUUAUAGAGAAAAAUAUAUUAUUUAAAUAAACUAUGUGUGUUAAGGUUCAGCUACUUGCAGAAUUUAUUCAGCAGCUUCACACUGUAGAUCCUUAAUUUUAACAUGUAUUUGCUGCUGAAAUAAAAUGUAUUUGUUUCUGAAUUCUUGUGCUGAGAUUCCCAUCUAAAUUAAUUUUUUUGUUUGUAAUAACAAAUCCAUAUGUAAAUAUAAAUUAAAUGAUCCUGUUUUUAUUUAAAUCAAUUUUAAGCUUUCUGAGGGAUACAAUAGAAACUGAGUCAGACAUUUUAAUGCACUUUCUUUUCCCCCUUUCUCCAAAUUGACUGUUUCUCAGUACAACCAGUACUUAACUGCAUGACUAGACCAUCAGUUUUACUCUGAUUUUGCAGAGGUGGUGUUGGUUCUGCUAAAACUCCUGUAAGACCUAGAGCACAGUCAGAGCUCUUCAGCCAGCACAGGGAGGAGAUUGUGAUUGAGUUGUGCAGUAAGAUAACAUCAAAGAAGUACAGAAUAGAAUUUUAAAUACCUCUAUAAAAAUACACCUGUGGAAAUAUUCUGUAAACAAUCUUGUGGAUUACAGAGAGAAGAAUACACAAAAAAAUACUUUUCAAAACACUGGGGAGAAAUUUCUUAAGGGCACCCUCAACUCCAAAAGAAGGAGCAAGUCUCUUUCCCUGUUGUGUUGCAGAGAAUUUCUGGUAGAUAUUUGUGUGGAUUUUCUUAUUCACCUGGAUGCAGUAUUAGAAGGAUGGGGAUUUUGAGUAGGUGUAGAAUGUAAUUGAAAUAAUUUCCUGCAAGUCUCCUUGCAUUGGUGCUCCACUCAGCAUUUACCUGGAAACCACAGAAUGCUUUCAGAUCAAGCAAAAUUGCCAGUGAGAAAUGAAAUACUCAACUUAGCUGUACAUAAGCAUUUUACCACUCUACAGAAUUUGAGAAUUUGGUUUGUAUUUCAGACUAUAAAGAUUUUUUUUUCCCAUAAAUUUAAGGGGAAGAUUUCAGGGAUUUAGAAGAGGUUGAAGCUUUUUUUUAAUAUGGAAGAAAUAUUUGUUCAUAAAUAUAUAUAUACAUACAUAUAUAUAUAUAUAUAUGAGUGCAUGUAGCCAUGUUUUAAUAUAUAUGUAUGUAUAUGAAUUUUGUAUCCCAAAAGUAUUAUUUGCCCCUUUUUGCUUGAAAAAGUAUAUAUAUUAUAUAUUGUAUAUAUAAUAUAUAUUUUAAGAGUGUGUAAAUUUUAAUAUAGUCAUUUCAUAAAUAACACCUCUUCAAAAACUACUCAAAACUUCUGUUUCCUUGACCUUUGGAUUGUUGGUAUUAGAAGGUUUUGCAGUUGAAAUCCUUGGGUUUUUUUCUUUUAAAACUUAAUUAUGCUGAGCAUUUAAGAAUAUGUUCUUGUUUUUAAUAAAAAGGGGAAAUUUAUUUUUAAAUUAGGGAUUCAAAAAUCAGUGAACUUUUAUAAAUGGGAUUUCUUUAAAUGCCUUGAAUAAGGGAUAUUUUUUUUUUUUAAUUUCUUUUUUCAGUUCCAUUCUUGUGGGCAAUUUGUAUUUGGAAUUCCUGGUUGCAUUGCUUUAUCUGGUGCUUCAUAUUGAUAUUUACACAUUUUUAUAUGAAUAAGUAUAUAAACUUCAAGCCUUCCUUUGUGAUCAGGGGCAGUUACACUCUGGUUUGCUGUGGUACUUUGCUGUGUACUCUGUGGCAUUCAUGUUACUGUGUAAAUAAACUAGUUUUAUUACACUCAA